UCUCCUUCUCACUCCCUCUUUCGCCCUGUUCUACGCCAAUUCCUCUCCUUCUCCUCCACGACCCAACUACCCACGCCCUGCCUCUCUUUCUCGCACACUACUGAUUCCACACCUGUCCACCACUCAACACCAAAAUCCCGACAACCUCGUAAUCACAAUUCUGUCGACUCACUCGAUCGAUUCUCAUUUCGACUACCUUGGGCGACGACUGGUUCGGAGCGCGGCACAAUCGGCAGAGGGUUAACGACGCAGGCAACCGCGGGUUGAGGCCGGGACUGGAUCUGGAUUUGGGCCUACGGGGUCAGCGGCGGACGCCCAUGUUGUGAACUUGGUGCCACCACACUCUCAACAGGCCGCAGCUCGUCGUCGACAUCGAAACCCGACCAUCGAAUCAACAUCACCAUGGAUCCAUUUCACGACAAGGCAGGCAACGAGCGGAGGGCUUCCCUCAGGAUGUCAGCGAGGGCCUCUUUGACGGCCGACGAUGAUGACUACGACCUAGCAGCAAUGGGCAUCUCGGACGGCUUUCGCCCAGCCAACGUCUCCGCUUCCCAUCAACCCAUCAACUCGAUCACCAACCCUUCGACUGGCUCGGCGGUUGUGUCACGAGAAUCUCCCGUGCCUCAGCGCGUCACACCUCCUCGGCCUUCCAGCAUUUCAAAGCCUCCUCGUUCCCACGAUCCGCUAGCCCUCCGUCACGAUGGUUCAACGUCCCAAUCUCAAUCCAACGGCGCCCCAGUGUCCCGUGUCUCCAGCGCCUCGAGCGAUUCACCAAUAAUCAGAUCCGAGAGCCCCUACGAGGGACCAUCUGGUCCGUCCUUCCCGUACCAAAUGUACCCGCAACGGACCAACAGUGUCGCGACAUCAAACACCGCUCGCCUGUCUGAAAGAUCAUACGCCGGGCCCCGCGGACCAACACACCCAUACACACUCUACACACAAAACACUGUGACCCCCGACACCAACGAUGGUGACAACAUCCCCGUGGGAUUUGCUGGCCGCUCCGACGGAUAUCACCGUCGCAUUGGGCCUGAUGGAGAGGAAGCUGCUGACCUGAUCGGACCGUUGGGCCAUACCGAAGAGCUUCCACCCUACACUCGAUAUCCCGAGCAGGCCUAUACGAGGAAACAACCUGGUGAACAACUACAAGCAUCGACGUCGCCAGUGCAAUCUCAACAAGAGCAGCAACGGCAGCCAGAACAGCAACAGCCGUCGGCACAACAACCUGCCGUUACGGUCAUGACUGCUACGGUUCCCGCCAUUCCUUCUGGCGCUGGCGGCAUCGGACUUGCGACACGCAACCCCGAGUUCGAGUCACGAGAGGAUUUGCGUCUUUCAUCACCAUCCCGAACGUCUUCUCGGACCUUGAAUGACGAAACUGCUAGCCAACACGAGAUCAACACUGCUGCCGAGUCCUACGCUGAGAAGGGCGAGAACGCGUCCGACCGCAAAUGGCAAAAGAGGGCAAAGAAGAGGCUGUUUGGUGUCGUUCCUUACUGGGCUAUCUGCCUGUUGGCUGUUGGACUGGUGAUGAUGGGCAUCAUUCUCGGUGCUGUCAUUGGAACCUUUUUCGCCAAGCACAAAAAGCCACCUGGCAAGCAUCAGGACGAUGAACCUAUACCAGUGGUUAUCCCAACGGCCACGGUCGAUGUGAAGCCCCUCGCUACUCUCCCACCGGAUCUUCCACCAAUGGAAAUUGGUACCUUCGGUCUGCCGCCUCUCAUUGCAAGCCAGGCACCAAGUACUUGUUUCAACGACACAACGCAAGCCCAAGCCUGGACCUGCAACAUUCCCUUUACCAGCUACGUCAUGGGCGUUUCCAGAAUCGCCAAUGAACUACCUAUAUCUGAUUACACCUUAAAACUUACUACUUUCAAUGACAGCGAUCACGACGACAACUCUAGGAUCAACAUGUUCUCGUGGGGUACUCAACCACCACUGAUUAUGGAUCCUCUGAAGAUGCGGCUUGUAAAUGAUACUUCUGAACAAGGACGCGGCGCCGCAUGGUUCGCCCAGAUGACCUACAACAAGACUGUGGUCGUACCCGAGGAUAGGUUCCCUGGCGUCGUCACAACCCCCAAGAAGCAGCAGCCACAAUCUAAAAGGGGCGGAUCGUGGGAUGGACCACCGCCCGGUAUGUCGGAGUUCAGUAGGAAAGGGGUCAAAGGAGCGCAGGCCGGCGAUCGGCCUUGGAUCUGUACCUGGCCCGGAACCCUCCUCGAAGUCUUCGUCUACCCCGCCCAGAACAACAGCUACCAAAGAAAGCCAUCUACCACGACUUCCAGGCCUCCGGCGGCAGCAACAUUCCCUCCUUCAACAUCGACGCAGUUCUUGGUCCGUGGACUGCAAACCCAGUCUCCUCAAUCGAGUCCGAUCCCGACCGAUAGGCCACGCCGUGCACCACCACCACCGUACCCUCAGGUCAUCAAAUUUGAAGAGCGACGUGUCUCGCUUGACCAAACGAAGAAUGCCUACUGCCGACAAGUUGAAGUCUGCGAUGAUGGCCAGAACACCGUGCCCGUACUAGACGAUCAGGGCCAGCCAAUUGAGGUCAUGAUAAUGGAAAACCGACAAACGGUAGCAAUCGCAGAUUCGAGCAAACGCUGGAUACACGAAGACAGCCUCUUGGUAUCUCCUCGAGACCGACCGUCCAGGACAAGUCAACUUAGCGACUGUGGAUGUAUAUGGUGGUUCACGUAACACCCAUUUUCAUUACGGCAGGCAAAGUCCUCACUACAACCAUGAUUUACUGUACGGAUUAAUGUACCACACACUAUCUUUGCGUCAACAGGCUGUAUUCCUUAAUGCGGCCUAUAGGUUUUUUUGUUUGGGGGCGUCAAUUGAGAUAUGGAUGAGCAUCUAUGGGCGUCAUUCACUAGGCGCAAUUAGGCAGGCGAUUGUAUAUAUAUUUGGCAAAUACCUAUGGAUGGGCAAAGAUGCCCUCAAAAGGCCACUUGUAGGACGGCGGAAAGGUUUACCUGUAUAGCCUGCCGAUUCCUCCCAGGGUAGGCUACACACUUAUUUAAAGAGAUUUAUUCAUGUUGCAAGUCUUCUAUCUUAUUCGUAGUGUUAUGUGUAGAGUGGUAGGUAUAGAAGAAUUCAAGGUUACAUGUGAACAAAAAACCAUAAUGUA